GGGGCUGAUAAAUUGCCUUCAGCCUCCAUUUUGUUUAUGGACCGGUUCAGCAUCAAGUUUGCUGAACCCAUCAGUGGAUUCUGACAGGUUGUUUUUCACCUUCAAAGAUGCACGUGCCCCUAGCCGGUGCCCUGCAUACAGGCAAGUUUCUGAAGGGCAAAGCGUACUGCACAGGGAUUGGGUUGGGGCUGUUAGCAGAAACAGGACUAAGAUAUGAGACAGGGAAACCUGGAAAUAAAACCUCCAGAGAUAUGAUCAAGGAAUGAUAAGCAAUUAAAACCAAAAAUGUUGUCAGAAGGAGAAUUCAUCAGAAAUGACCAUAUUUUUUUUCGAAUCAGUGCAGAGCCCUUCCUCUGAGCAAGCCCCCUUGUCUCCUCUCCCACCCAGAAAAGCCCCUGCCCUCGUGGCCGUGGCUCCAAGGCAUGAAGCACGUCCUCUGCAGCCACACCUCCAGCAGAGCAGAGGCGCAUCUCUCCAGCCAUGUGCCUAUUUUCCUUUGUGGUGCAGGGUGGCUGACAGCAACUGCCUAGGAUGGUGGGCAAUGAAUUCUGUGAGGCUGGGGAAUGAGUUGACUUUCCCUUAAUGAGACACCGUCAUUAGGACACUUGGCUAUCUCCUUGGGGUGUCCUUUCAAGUGGUGAGCUGCCCUGCAGGAUGCAAAUAUUUUCCAUAGCAUCUUCAUGUUAUUUGAAAGCCCAGGAAAGGAGCAGAGAGAUGCUGCGUGCAAGGACAUGCCAUUGGGUUGGUGAACUGAGUGAUAGGUGUCCUUGGCUAGAGGUGUGAUGCUGAGACCUUGCUCAGGUACCUAGAGAAAGGCUGGACACUCAGUGACUGGCAGUGGAUUCCUCUGCUCUCAGCAGUGUCUGGCAACUUUUCAGGUAACAGAAAUGUGAUUGCUGUCCAAAAGCUUCAGGCUCAGGGCAGUUGGGAACAAGCCCAGCCAGCUCCUCUCACCCUGCUCUCAGCCACAGGGAAUCCCUUUGCCUCUCAGGUCUCACAACCAUUCCCUGUGAGUGCAGCAGAAAUGCUCAGGAUUUCUGACUUCAGAGAACACUGCUUCGACAUGAAGAGGGGGAAAAGGGUAUGUAGAAAAAAAGUCUCUAAAACUCCUUUCUGCCAACUUCAUUCUGUAGCACUGGGAAUGCAGAUGCUGACAUGGCCUUCUGUGUAAGAAAGGAUUUCAUCUGACAAAAUCUGAAAAUAAAACUUUGCCCAGCUGCCAUGUUCCUGUGUACUCACUGCUCUGAGUCAGGACUGAUUUCCUCGAGAGUCCAGGAGCAGAGGUCCCCGCUCCUUAUGGCACACUGAACUUUAGAAAUGAAGCUUAUGUCAUGAAGUUGAAUGAAAUUUUUCAACAAAGAAAGAAGAAGCAUUUGAGUCUAGCAGGGGGAGGGUCUACAAGGAAUGGCAUAGGUUUAACUCAGAGAAGACUCCCCUGACUUGUCAUGCUCUUUUCCUACCUGUCCAGAUCUCCAUACCCAGAGGCAGCACCAGAUGUCCAACAGCAGCUCCAUCACCGAGUUCCUCCUCCUGCCAUUCGCAUACACGCGGGAGCUGCAGCUCCUGCACUUCGCGCUCUUCCUGGGCAUCUACCUGGCUGCCCUCCUGGGCAACGGCCUCAUCCUCACAGCCGUAGCCUGCGACCGCCGCCUCCACACCCCCAUGUACUUCUUCCUCCUCAACCUCGCCCUCCUCGACCUGGGCUGCAUCUCCACCACUCUCCCCAAAGCCAUGGCCAAUUCCCUCUGGGACACCAGGGCCAUUUCCUAUGCAGGAUGUGCUGCACAGGUCUUUUUGUUCCUCUUCUUCAUAUCAGCAGAAUUUUAUGUUCUCACCAUCAUGUCCUAUGACCGCUACAUUGCCAUCUGCAAGCCCCUGCACUACGGGAGCCUCCUGGGCAGCAGAGCUUGUGCCAGCAUGACAGCAGCUGCCUGGGGCAGUGGGGUUCUCUAUGCUCUGCUGCACACUGCCAAUACAUUUUCCCUGCCCCUCUGCCAAGGCAAUGCGGUUGACCAGUUCUUCUGUGAAAUUCCUCAGAUCCUCAAGCUCUCCUGCACUGACUCCUAUCUCAGGGAAGCUGGAUUUCUCAUGUUCAGUGCUUUUUUGGGGUCUGGAUGUUUUUUUUUCAUUGUGGUGUCCUAUGUGCAGAUCUUCAGGGCUGUGCUGAGGAUGCCCUCUGAGCAGGGCCGGCACAAAGCCUUCUCCAUGUGCCUCCCUCACCUGACUGUGGUCACCCUGUUUAUCAGCAUGGCCAUAUUUGCCUACCUGAAGCCCCCCUCCAUCUCCUCCCCAUCCCUAGACAUGGCAGUUGCAAUUCUGUAUUCAGCAGUUCCCCCAGCAGUGAACCCCCUCAUCUACAGUGUGAGGAUUGAAGCACUAAAGGAUGCUAUUUUGAAAGUGUUUUUAAUUAUAUUUUUUAGGAAUCAUAAAGUUCCCGUAUCUCUCCACAGGUGACUCCCAAUAUAUCCCAUUCCAGCCUUGUGCUUUGUUCUUUUCCUUUAUUAUAUUUUUUCUUGUUUCCAUAU